AUGGCAAUAUCGCUGGACCGCAAGACGGCCGCGAUAUAUGCCGGCGCGAUUGUGCUGCGUCUUGUCGUUUUUGUCGCCUUUCCCGAUAUCCCCGAUCUUCUGACCACGAGAGUGGAAAUAUCGACGCCGAUUUCGAGCUUCCAGAGACUUCAGGAAGGCCUCUUUCUCUAUCAACAUGGAUUGUCACCUUACGACGGCGGCGUCUUUCACCAGGCACCGCUGUUACUGGUCAUCUUCGAGAUACUACCGCCCACGCUGGUCUUCGUUGGGCUAGAUGUCCUGAAUGCAGCGUCCUUACAAGUCAUCGCGGAUGGACUACGCAUCCCCACCUCUCGCUUUCACCAAUUGGAUGGAUCUCUAAUUGCCGCCGCCUAUCUCUUCAACCCCUUUACCAUCUUGUCGUGCCUUGGGAGAAGCACCAGCAUCUUUACCACUGCCGCCAUCAUCCAAGCUGUCUUGAACGCUCAGUCGGGAAAUGCAAUCCGUGCCAUGUUUGCGCUUGCGAUGGGGACCUAUCUGUCAAUGUAUCCGGCUUUACUUCUUCCACCCACCCUGCUCAUGAUCUAUAAGAGCAAUCGGUCCACGUCUCUCGUUGCUCCGAUCCUUUCCUAUGCCACCGGACUCGCUGCCCUCCUAGCCACAACGCCCAUUUUGACCAGCGGGUUCUGGGACUUCCUGGCCUCGUGCUAUGGUGUCCAGAUAACGGUUCCUGAUUUGACACCGAAUGUUGGUCUGUGGUGGUACUUCUUCAUCGAGAUAUUCGAUUCCUUCCGGGAUUUUUUCGUUGGUGUCUUCUGGUUGCACUUGGUGGGAUAUGUAGGAGGCAUGACUCUUCGCCUUCAGAACCAACCACUUUUUGUCAUCACCAGUCUGCUGGGCUUGUUUGCGAUCUUCAAGCCAUACCCGAGCAUCGCGGAUGUCUCGCUGUACCUUGGAUUUCUGCCAAUGUAUCAACACGUGCUUCCAUUAACCCGAUACACCUUCAUAGCAGCAUCGGUGCUGCUUUAUUCGACCCUAUUGGGACCUGCAUUCCACCAUCUGUGGAUCUAUGCCGGCUCGGGGAAUGCCAACUUUUUCUAUGCCAUCACACUGGUUUGGAGUUUGGGAUUGACCAUUCUUGUUGGUGAUACCUUAUUUGCUGUCAUGCGCGAUGAGUGGGAGAUGGAGAGACCCGAGAUGAAGGGCAAAAGCGUGCGCCAGAUAUGA